UGGUGGAAUGAGAAGGCUAUGCCAAGAUGGCCACUGGCAAGCAAGCAUCAGUUACUCAGGAAAUGGCUUCAGAACCUACCUGGCAAAGGAGCCUGCCUGUUAACAGGCAGGGAUUGGUUACAGCAUAAACUGCCCCUUGAAUGGAUUGGUUGCCUCUGCUAUAUAAGCUGCUGUACCAACCAAAAUAAAUGAGUCAGUGAGCUGGUAGCCUCUGGCCUGCUUUCACCUGACUGCCAGUGUCUGUGUCGUGACUCUGUGCCUUUUGCCCCCACCAUGCUCCUCCUCUCAGAACUAAUCCACAGCAACAAUUCAUCUCAAAAAAGGGCUUAAGAAGUGCAGGUUUUUGCCUGUACUACCUUCUUGAACACAUGAUCCGCAGUAGAGUACUAUGCACAUUACAAGUAGUCAAUAAAUAUGUCUAUGAAUUGCUUGGCUAUUGCAUCUAAAAAUUCAUGAUUUUGACAAAUAUUGAUGUAGUACAACAUGCCAUGAAGUCCAUUCCUAGCUCUCGUUCUCUUUAGCAGCCUUGGCUCAUUAUCCAAAUGAUUAUGUUCGGAGGUCUCUCAUAGCCACAUUUCAUCACACUACUGACAGCACUGAAGUGGUUGAGUGAAUGUAGUGCCUGCUCAUAAAAUCAUUUCAAGUAAAGGGCUUCAAGAUCUUUCCAGCUGUUAUUCAAAUCUAUAUCAUUAUUUACUAUAGAACAUAAAAUAUCAAGGUCUCAUAUAUUUUCUCCCUUACUGAACUUACACCAGCUGAUCCAUGCGACAAGGUAUUGAGGUCCAAUAAAGCUGAUCACCUCAGAAUUUGUUUCCUUAAGUAUUCUAUUUUUGGUUCUCUAAAUUGUGGCUAACUGAAAUUGGCAGUCACAUGGCCUUCAAGGGAGUGAAAAGCAAUAGGUUUAAGGUUUGGUGCUUAGAAAGGAGUGGGUCAUAUGCUAUGGGUACAGAUUAUGGAAAAGUUGUUAUGUAUCUGUUUUGAAGUACAGACUGCUGCUGCUAACACUCCCUAAGUUUUUAUUAAAUUUUCCAAAAAAGUAACCGAAUGGUUGCCAUGGGGAUGAUUAUGAUGUCACAGAGGAUGAUGACUUCUCAUAAUCUAUAAGCAGCAAGAGCAGAUGUGCUUGUAAGAAACAAAGAUCUUGUUUCCAUACAAAUGUACUCAAAAUGAAACACAAAGAAAGAAAAAUACCCAGAGCACAUAAUGCAAAGAAAAAGAAUUGCUUCUAAAUAGAAUGUUUUACAAAGUUUUCCAUAAAGCCUCAGCUGUUCUUCGAAGCACAACCAGCUUGAACAUGGGUAGCAGACAUGAAAUUACAGUAUUCACAAAAUUAGUAUUCAGCUUGCAGAAUCUCUCCUUUCAAAGCCUUCAUGCAUACUUUAUGCAUGCACAAUUAUAGAAGCAGGUAAUGAGAGAAAUUUUGAUUUUCCUUCUCUGGUUGUUAUUGUAUUUAUCUAGAUUCCCAACAAAGGAAGCUAAACAAAAACUAGACAGUUUUGGGGGAAGACAACUUAGUUGCCAAGUUGUCUUAAACUUUGCUCUCUCUACAUGAACACAGCACUGCACUUUGACUAUGGAAACAGAGGCUAUUGAUGGCUAUAUAACAUGUGACAAUGAGCUUUCACCUGAAAGGGAGCACUCCAAUAUGGCAAUUGACCUCACCUCAAGCACACCCAAUGGACAGCAUGCCUCACCAAGUCACAUGACAAGCACAAAUUCAGUAAAGCUAGAAAUGCAGAGCGAUGAAGAAUGUGACAGGAAACCCCUGAGCCGCGAUGACGAGAUCAGGGGCCAUGAUGAGGGUAGCAGCCUAGAAGAACCCCUAAUUGAGAGCAGCGAGGUGGCUGACAACAGGAAAGUCCAGGAGCUUCAAGGCGAGGGAGGAAUCCGGCUUCCGAAUGGUAAACUGAAAUGUGACGUCUGUGGCAUGGUUUGCAUUGGGCCCAAUGUGCUUAUGGUACAUAAAAGGAGUCACACUGGUGAACGUCCAUUCCACUGUAACCAGUGUGGAGCUUCUUUUACUCAGAAGGGCAACCUUCUGAGACACAUAAAGUUACACUCUGGAGAGAAGCCGUUCAAAUGUCCUUUCUGUAGUUACGCCUGUAGAAGAAGGGACGCCCUCACUGGCCACCUCAGGACCCACUCUGUGGGCAAACCUCACAAGUGCAACUACUGUGGGCGGAGCUACAAGCAGCGCAGUUCACUGGAGGAGCACAAGGAGCGCUGCCACAACUAUCUGCAGAACGUCAGCAUGGAGGCUGCGGGCCAGGUCGUGAGUCACCAUGUACCUCCUAUGGAAGAUUGUAAGGAACAAGAGCCUAUUAUGGACAACAAUAUUUCUCUGGUGCCUUUUGAGAGACCUGCUGUCAUGGAGAAGCUCACAGGGAAUAUGGGAAAACGUAAAAGCUCCACUCCACAAAAGUUUGUGGGGGAAAAGCUCAUGCGAUUCAGUUACCCAGAUAUUCAUUUUGAUAUGAACUUAACAUAUGAGAAGGAGGCUGAGCUGAUGCAGUCUCAUAUGAUGGACCAAGCCAUCAACAAUGCAAUCACCUACCUUGGAGCUGAGGCCCUUCACCCUCUGAUGCAGCACCCGCCAAGCACAAUCGCUGAGGUGGCCCCGGUUAUAAGCUCAGCUUAUUCUCAGGUCUAUCAUCCAAAUAGGAUAGAAAGACCCAUUAGCAGGGAAACCUCUGAUAGUCAUGAAAACAACAUGGAUGGCCCUAUCUCUCUCAUCAGACCAAAGAGUCGACCCCAGGAAAGAGAGGCCUCUCCCAGCAAUAGCUGCCUGGAUUCUACUGACUCAGAAAGCAGCCAUGAUGACCACCAGUCCUACCAAGGAAACCCUGCCUUAAAUCCCAAGAGGAAACAAAGCCCAGCUUACAUGAAGGAGGAUGUCAAGGCUUUGGACACCACCAAGGUUCCUAAGGGCUCUCUGAAGGACAUCUACAAGGUCUUCAAUGGAGAAGGAGAACAGAUCAGGGCCUUCAAGUGCGAGCACUGCCGAGUUCUUUUCCUAGACCAUGUCAUGUACACCAUUCACAUGGGUUGCCAUGGCUACCGGGACCCACUGGAAUGCAACAUCUGUGGCUACAGAAGCCAGGACCGUUAUGAGUUUUCAUCACACAUUGUUCGAGGGGAGCACACAUUCCACUAGGCCUUUUCAUUCCAAAGGGACCCCUAUGAAGUAAAGAACUGCACAUGAAGAAAUACUGCACUUACAAUCCCACCUCCCCUCCGAUGUUGACAUACCUUUUUUAAGAAAGAUUAUUACUGUCAAUAAUUUUAUUUUGUGGACACAAUGUCAUUUGCUCUGCCUAAUUAAAGUAAGGAAGAAACAGAAGAGAGAAGGGAUGGGAAUAUUGUUUCUUGAUAUCUUGGCUUGUUUAUUUGGUGGGAAUUUAAAGCAGUUCAUUUCUGCCACACACAGAUGUAAGGCAUAUCAUGCUUUGAAACAAAAUCAUUUGAUGCAGAUAGAUUUACCUAAGAGAUUCUAAUUUGCCACUGAUAUCCAAGGAUUAUGAUUGGAGGCAAGGAGUUUUCUGGAUAGAACUUUGGCAGUUUAAAAUGGUAUAAGUAACUAUACUCUGCAAAGAAUUUGUUUCAAAAUGUAAACCGAUUUUUUUGUUCUUUAGAAAUCAUGGAACACAGACAUGUUGUUGUUAUUUUUCAGUGAUAACUCCUAGAAUGCAUUGAGUUCUUGUGGGUUCUAUGUUUACUUACCCUAUGGAAUUUAUAAUUCAGUAUGUUUUACAUUGUACCAUACAGCAAAACUUUUAAACUACAGGUAGUUACACCUACAACAUAUCUGAGGUCCUCUGAUCUUAUUUUUCUAAACUUAAGCACUGUUUUCCAUAGUUUUGAUGACUGGCAUUUUAUAGACACCCUGGCAGCCUUACUUUUAACACCUUUAACGAAUAGUAUUUUUAUGUAGUUUUCAGAAUAACAUAUGGUCUAAGAGUGAAUAAGAGACAGUCAAUAAUUUCCAGAAGGGACUCUACUUUUCAUAAAUUGGGGAGUUUAAAAAAUUGUGAUGUGAUGGCAGCAUAGUAUAUGUGUUUGUUUCUUAAAGUGUGCUUACAAUUGUCACUUUAUCAGCAUUUAAUCAGUGUUAACCAGUCAGCAGAAAAAUGUAAUUAGGUUAACAGUAGGGGUGGGGUGGGGGAGAAACCCACUUAGAAAUCCCUUUUCUGGUAUUUCUCUUUUCACUGUUUUUUUCAAGCUGUGACCACCCAGUGUUCUCUCCAUAGUUCGUUCAUCUUUUACUCUUGGAGUGGAAGAUCUUAAAAAUCUUGCUGUAGGCUGUUUCUUUCCAAAUCUCCUCAGAGCAAUUGCUAAUUUGACCUGAAUGUGGUGACUUGAACCCUUCCAAGGUCAUUGAACUAGGGCUAUUUAUGCUAGUAUUUCUUCAAUAAUAAUAUUUACUACUGCUGCUGCAAAAGCAAGGGAACUUCUUUGUAACCUGUAAAGUGGACAACAGAUCAGACAGACACACAACAAAGUUCUUUCACCUUUCAUCAACUCUAGAACUUGGCAGAACCCCGAAGCAAAGGUCCUAGUUUUUCUGUUUUAAAAAUAUUCAGCUCUAUAAGUCCUUGUCAGAAAUGAAUACUCAGUACCUUAAUACCAAAUUUCCCUUUCCUCAAUCCAUACAUGAUAUAUGUUGUCAUAUUUCAUGUACAGCUUUUAACUUCGUUUCCAUGGGUGCUUUGUGUUUUCUUUGCAGUCCAGCAUCAUUAGAGGAGGGCAGAACUGAUUGAUACUGAUUCGAGUAAUUUUGGGGAACACACUUGGAAGGCAGUACUUGUGUUUGGAAGGACAGGCCUGGCCAUCAAUGAGUUAUUUGAUAACUAUCUGUGAAUACAGGAAUUCUGUGGAAUAGUUAAAAACUGCUCUAACAGACCACUAAAUAGAAUGCUAAAAUGAUGUUUCUUACUCCAGUGUCAUAAGAACAGGGAAUAGUGGAAAGAGAAGCAAGUUAGGCCCCAAAAACUGCUCUUAACUCAUUUUUCUAGUUUACCAUUUGCUUAUUUACACAACUUUUAAGCACUAACACAGCCUGAACUAGGUAAAAAUGGUUACAAUGCAGCUCUCUUUUACUAGUCCUGAUUGUAAUUACUGUUGGAGAAAUCUCCAGACUCUUCUUUCAAAUUUAAGAGAAUGCACCAAAACAGAGGUGUAUAGAAUGUCAACUGUUCCUUUUUUUUUCCCCCUGAAUGCCUUGGUGCAUUGUGAACACACAAUUGAUUCAAAGGUAAAACACGGUUUUGAGACUCCUUUUCCCCCACCUCCCUGAACGUCUCCCCAGUAAUAAUUAGAAUGCUAUUUUUUUUUCCUUUUGGAUAAGGUAAAUAAUUCUAACAUUUAUGAUUUUAUGUUUUAUAGCAGUUUAGGGAAACAUAUGAGUGCUAGUCAGUAUGUUCAUAAUGUUGGCUGUGUGUGAAUUUCUGCUGGCAGCAUCUUUGAAUUUUCUGCCUGUUUAAUUUUGUUUUCAGUAUAUGAACAAUCAUGUACCUACCUGCCCUGGGAUGAAACUGAAUUUAGGUGGCCCUAAAAGUUGUGUAGUUCCCAAGUGAAGACAGUACUAAUGCACUCUCCUUUUCUCUGAUUUCAUCUUUUUGAGAAAUUUAUUUUACUGGAAAGAGUUAAUAGUUAUGAAAGUAUAUUUGCUACAAGUGUAUACUUGUAUUUUCUAAGCUUCAUGACUUGAGGAAUAGAAAGAAGUGUGGUAAGGAAAAUUGGGACAAGGUCGAUUCAAAUUUCUAGGUUAGAAAGAAUUUUUGUGGACAUAGUGCUUUCUGAGAAACUCUGGAUGGCUGUAUUUUCUUGCUUCACAAAAGGAAAUAUGCAACAUGGUAAACCUAAAAAUAAAUGUGAGGGUCAGACACCAAAUAAAUCAACUUUUACAUAACAGUUGUAUGCCCAGUUUAUCUAGGUGAGAUUUCACAUUACAGGAAGUAUUUGAGAAACAUGAAAAUGGGUUACUCAGUAUAUUUUCUAGUCUGGCAAAAAGAAAAAAAAAAAUUAAAUUU